GAACUCAGCUGGUUCACCACUCCAAACCCACCACUACCAUCAUCUCUUUCUUAAACCCAAACACUUUUUAAUUAAUUUUGGACUAUAUUACUUCUAUACUAUAAUAAUUUAUUUAUGUUUUUUUAUUGUUUGUAGUAAUUUAUUUGUUUAGUUGUGUGGGUUUAUCCUGCGUGUAUAAAUUAUUUGAUUGAUGGAUAAAGAAGGAGAAGUUGUGAGAAAACAGGAACAUGAUGAUGGUGUUAAUGGAGAUAAAUUUUACUUAUGUAACAACUUCUUUCAGUACUUAAAAAAUUGGUGUUUCUUAAGACACGAUAACUCCUUUUCAACGAGAUCUUAAAAACAUCGACUAACGUUAAAGGAAUCAAAAGACUAGCUAGGUAGUUGUUGUAUAUUAAGAUCUCAUUUUUUUACUCAUGAAGAGACUCGCCAGUUCAGAUUCUUCACCUGCUCUCAUCACAAUCUGUCCAUCAAUAGAGGAACAGAGUCCGAGGAACAAGCAUGUGUAUGGUAGGGAAUUUCAAUCAAUGAUGUUGGAUGGAUUCGAAGAAGAAGAAGUGUGUGUUGAAGAACAGGAACAUCACUCUGAGAAGAAACGUAGAUUAAGAGUGGAUCAAGUAAAGGCUUUAGAGAAAAACUUUGAGGUUGAAAACAAGCUUGAACCUGAAAGGAAAGAGAAGCUUGCAAUUGAACUUGGGUUGCAGCCUAGACAAGUUGCGGUUUGGUUCCAAAACCGUCGAGCUAGAUGGAAAACCAAACAAUUGGAAAGAGAUUAUGGAGUUCUUAAAGCUAAUUAUGAUGCUCUUAAGCUCAAGUUUGAUGCAAUCACUCAAGACAACAAAGCUUUGCACAACGAGAUUAAGGAACUGAAAUCAAGUCUCCAUGAAGAAGAAAAAAGCACAGUCAGUGUUGCAGUGAAGGAAGAGAUAACGAUCCCUGAAUCAGGCAUCGACAAGCAUAAUAACCCAUCUUCAGAAACAUCAAUUCCCAGUUCAGAAUCAAAGGCUCACUUGAAUGAUGUUGGUGUUGGAGAAGCUUCUUCUUCACUCUUCCCAUUAGAACUGAAAGAUGGUUCUUCUGACAGCGACUCCAGUGCAAUUUCUUCGUCCGGUGUUCUUCAAAAUGAGCAGCAUCUUUUGUUGUCUCCUGAUUCUUCUCCGUUGAAGUACAAUUGCUUUAUAUCCUCGUCAUCGCCAUCAUCCUCCAUGAAUUGCUUCCAAUACCAAAAAUCUUAUCAUGUGAAAAUGGAGGAGCAGAAUUUCUUAAGUGCAGAUGAGGCAUGUAAUUUUUUCUCUGAUGAACAAGCACCAACUUUACAAUGGUACUGUCCAGACCAGUGGAGUUAAAAGAUUGAUGAUGAAGAGGAAAUAAAUUCCUGUAAGACGACUCAAUUAUCUUUGUAAAAAAAUGGGUUGUUUGGUUGGUUUGUGGUUCUCAUCUUGGACAUUAAUUGCAAAACUAUGCUGGUUAUUGUGAAGGAAAUACUAGCAGAGAAGAGGUUGGGGCAGGCUUGUCUUGUCGCAGCUACAAGGAUGGAUUGUGGAUUAAGGUUAAUUAUGGCUCUGGUAUGAAUAAUUGUCAAGUGGUAUUGAAAAUCCAUGCUGUAAAUAAAAUAAUUUUAAUUCAAGCAUGACAAAUUGCUCUAUCUUUUAAUUUUUAUUUGACAACUUUC